CUGUGGUGUUGGGGUGGCUGCACACGUGCAGCUGCCUGUACUCUUUGUCCUGCUUCACAGCUUCACUGGCUGCCAUGGGUACUGCCUACAGGGAGAGGAGCUGAGAUGCUGCCUUUGCUUUUUGCUUUUUCUUACAUUGCAUUCCUUUCAGCAGUCCUAGACGUUGCAUCGCGAGAGGAAUCUCAAUCUAUUUUGCUCGGCUUCCGAGGCACAAUAACCGGAUUCCCGUAAGCGAUACCCAGCGAGGUCUGCCCACCUGGAAGAUGCUGGGAUGAUGCAUGUUUUGAGUGGAUCUAGUUGGGCUCCGGCCGGCCGGGUUUCUUUUGGAUGGUGCACAGAGAGGUUUUUGGUGUUUUUACAUUUCACCCUGAUUUGGAAACCCCCCAUCCCAUCAGGAGAUCCAUGACCCGUUUUACGUACUGUUGUCAUCAUGUCCCCAGCAUCGGCUGCAACGGGCAGUGAAAGCAGCACCACCACCGUCCCCGAAGAGGAGUCGGACAGCCCCCGAGAGGAGCAGCGGCCCCAUAAACAGUCCCUGACAAAAUCCUUGUGUCAGGAAACUCACUGGAAAUGCCUGCUGCUGUCCCUGCUGAUGUACGGCUGCGUCGGGGUGAUGGCCUGGUGCCAGGUGACCAAGGUGACACGCCUUUCCUUCGACAGCGCCUAUAAGGGAAAGUCUAUGAUGUACCAUGACAGUCCCUGCUCCAACGGCUACAUCUACAUCCCUUUGGCCUUCCUGGUCAUGCUCUAUGUGGUCUACCUGGUGGAGUGUUGGCACUGCUACACCAGGAAUGAGCUGCAGUACAAGGUGGAUGUGGACAGCGUGGCAGAGCGCAUCCAGCGAAUGCAGCAGGCUACGCCCUGCAUCUGGUGGAAGGCCAUUAGCUACCAUUAUAUCAGGAGGACGCGGCAGGUGACGCGCUACCGUAACGGAGAUGCCUACACCACCACGCAAGUCUACCACGAGCGAGUCAACACCCACGUGGCUGAGGCAGAGUUUGACUAUGGGAACUGUGGGGUUAAGGACAUUGCAAAGCAACUGCUGGGCCUGGAGGACUUCCCCAUCACCAGGCUGAGGUUCACUAAGUGCUUUAGCUUUGCCAAUGUGGAGUCAGAGAACUCCUACCUAACCCAGCGGGCCAGGUUCUUCACAGAGAACGAGGGCCUGGAUGACUACAUGGAGGCCCGUGAGGGGAUGCACCUGAAGAAUGUAGACUUUAAGGAGUACAUGAUUGCCUUUUCUGACCCUAAUCACCUUCCCUGGUACGCAGCCAACUCCACUUUCUGGGUGGCAGCGGCUUUCACCCUCUCCUGGCCUCUGCGGGUGCUGACAGAGUACCGCACCGCCUGUGUACACUACCAUGUAGAGAAGCUGUUUGGCUUUGACUAUGUGCCACUAACACCAUCUGAGGAGCGGCCGCAAUGCAGACACAUCCCACGAGUCAACACAAUUGACAGCACAGAGCUGGAGUGGCACAUCCGUUCUAACCAGCAGCUGGUGCCCAGCUACUCAGAGGCAGUUCUCAUGGACCUGUCCCAGCUCUCGGGGAGCUGUAACAACUACUCCGUAUGUGGGAGCUAUGGUAGCUACAGGCAGAACUGUGAACGCUGCCAUCGUGCUAUCAGCAGCUCCUCCAUCUUCUCUCGCAGCGCCCUCAGCAUCUGCAACACGGGAAGCCCCCGCAUCCCCUUCAGCGCCAGCCGCUUUUCGCUAGGCCGGUUGUACGGCUCCAGGCGGAGCUGCAUGUGGAGGAGCAGCGGAAGCCUGAAUGAGCGGUCCUGCCCCACAGAAAGCACAAACUGUCUGUCAGGCCAGCAAGCCGGUGAGGAGAACCCUCCAGCCUACCAGGAUGCUCUGUACCACCCAGUGCUCAUUGUACAUCGCAAUGAAGGCUGCCUCAACCACGACCACCGCUCCCUUCACAGAAACGGCUCCUGUGUGGAAACUUCUCUAUGACCCACGGCUUCCAGACUGAGCAAGGCCUAUAAUGAUCCAGGAACAGAGUGAGAAACCUAUUCACACCAGGGCUGAGCUAAAAAUGACUUUUGAGUCUCCGUUUUACACCUGCAGGUAACCACAAACAAGGAUUUGUUCAUGUUUCUAAAGAUACUGUAGCCUCAAACAGGAAAAAGUAUAUCUGUAAAAGUCCUUACAGUACGGUCAAUAAGUCAGGGAAAGACAGACUUGAUGCUAUUGUUUAGACUGUUGUUUAAAAUACAAUGUGGCUUUAAAUGACAAAUUGCUAAAGUGUAAUGUACUGUCCUACAGCAUCCAUAAGGGCACAAGUCAAAUAACCAAGGAAUACCAGGGGAGUCACAUUCCACUGUAAAUACCUUAUUUUUAGAUCUUAGUCACAGAGAAGACCACAAGUAAUACUUUCUAGAAUUUGAAGCCUAAAAUGGGGUUUGACUCAGCGAAAGCCUGAGAAAUUGCCAAGAAAUGCAAGGGAUAUGACAAUUAAUGAUCACAUGAAUGAGAAAUGACGAAAUAUUGGUGAAAAUCAUAGACUCACACAUCAUGUGAGUGAUGAUUUCAUCCGAGUCAAUUGGAUAAAUAAUUACGGAAAUGCAUUUUGCAAAUUGCAGACUAAAUUUUUGUGAAACAAAAUACAUGUCUAAUGGCUGUUUCAAAGUAAAGUUGACCAAGGCCUGAUCUAAUGAUCUAAACAUCUGCAUGUGAAACCUUUUGAUACUGGCUGAUUUAAAUCUGUUCAUUCAAAGUCAAUGCUCAUGGAAAUGGAAUACAUUUCCAUAGUAUAAAAAUAAAUGUCUGAUGCAGUGGCUGAAAUAUCAAGUUAGCUGAAAUCGGCUUGGCUGUGAUGACAUUAUACUUCCUAGCUUGCUAAAUAUAGCAGCACCGUCGAUGAAUAAUUUAGCACAGGAGGGCUGAAGGACACGAAAACUUCAAACUGAAUCAACACUUCUUCUGUUACUAUAUACUGCAUUUAUAUAAUAUUUUUAUUCAGCCUACCUCCUUAUUUAAGUGCCUAGCCAUCAACUGUUACAAACGAACAUAAGCUAUCAUAACUCAAUCAUCAUCUCAUCUCAACAUCUUCCCAUUAAAACAAGUUGAAUUUACACUCCUAAUAGCACAUUAUCAACAAUGCAUAGGAUAAAUGAAAAUUGUUUAAAAUAAAACACAAGCUUUUAAAAAGCAGGCCCUAAAUGUUUUCAGAUGAUUUUCCUCAUAUUAUAAAACAACUCUCGUAUACUGCUGCUGACGUACUGUAUAUCAGAGAGACAGCCACAGAGCUGGCCAUCAAAGAAGCUAGAAAUAGACAGAGGCCUGGAUUCACUACUGAUAGCGUCAGCUUUAAUAAUACGACAGGAUUACUUUAAAGAAAAAGUACGUUCAGAGAAGUGCAUGCAGUGUUUUAAGGCUUGAUUAUACUCCGGACUGGAUUUGUCCACAGAUAGCUGCGGACCCCAUGGGUGCCUGGUAGGUCUGUUUAUGAUCUUCGUUUGGAGGAUGUGUUCCACACAUGAACAGUAGAUUGCUGCAGUGAAAAAUAAACUGUCAUGGACAGAUCCUUCUCCACCAUUAAGACUAUGAAAAUGUCCAUGAAUAUUAAAUGUCAAAAUCUUGCCUGUGGUCAGACACUUUCUGUGACUUCCUGUUACACAAUAAUGAGCCUGUACAAUUAUGACCAAUUAGCCACACUCAUUACAUUCAAUGUUAAGGUUGGAGUUGCGGGGGGCGGCGGUCUCUAGCUCACCCAGUAAGAGCGUGCGUUGGAGGCUGAGUCCUUUGCAGCGGCCCGGGUUCAAAUCCGACCUGCUGCCCUUUGCAGCGUGUCAUGCCCUCUCUUUCUCUCCCCCCUUCCUGUCUAUCCACUGUCACUAUUGAAUAAAGGGAAAAGCCCCCCCCCAAUAAACAAAAUGUUGGAGUUGCGGACUAUCUUUAUAGCAAUACUAGACUAACAACAGUCAAAGGAAGUGAAGCGUGAUAUAAACAGAUUGUAUCAAACCUUACGUUUAAUUCAACAGACAGUUUAACAUGAAAGCAUUACGUAAACUGUUUAAAACUGGUAUCACAACUCAUAGGUCAUCUAUGCAAGCCCCUCAAACUCAGGAUAGUAUACAAGGCAAAGAUUAUGCUACAACAAUAUCCUAAAACCUGAUCAUCACUCCUUUCUCUGAACUGAGCUAUUCAAAUGUUUCUGCCAGGGUUAGCUGCAUAAUAACCAAAUCAUUUUUAAAUGAGGGGUUUGCAAACACAUGAUGGUGAACAGAAGUGGCAUAACAUUACUAAUGUUCCCAUUCCAGAUGACAGAGGUGCAGAAGCAGGUUAGAUGCAACAGAGAAUCAUGUACCACCUGAAUAGUUUUAAACUAGUGAUGCACUAAACCUGAACCAUUAGAACUUGAGCAAAGUCUUAGCAAGUAAAGACCUUUGUAUUGUGCAAAUUGGUUAACAUUGGUAGCAUAGCUUCUACUGUAUAUGUUACAUAACCUAACUGUUAUUUUGUCAUUUAGUUAAUGACACAUGGUAUAUUGCCGUAUUUUUUUGCAAAACAUAACUACAUAUUAUUAAUAAAGCAUUAAACAGAAUUUCACUCAAGUGUUGUUUGCUGACAAUAUUCAAUAUUACCUCUGUUACUCUUCAUUAUGAAUAGAUUAUGAAUUAAGAAAUUAACUUAGUGCAGUUACAGUUACACCUGGCAGAUAGUAGGUAAAAAUAUGUAUUAACAACUAAUCUUUAUACUUAAGAACUAGUUUGUGGGGUGCAAUCCAUUUUAAAUUAGUGAUGUGUAAAUCUCAGUAAUCCCACUCAGUAAACUCAGUCAAGUAAAUUUAUGUAUUUAGAUUGCUCAUAUAAUGUUCAAGAAAUUGUUUAUAUCUAGACAUUUUAGGAAAUACACUUAUUUGCAUCCUUGCAGAAAGUUAAAUGACAAAAUCAAUACCACUCUGAUGUCUGAAAUAUGAAGCUUCCACCAGCAGCAGGUUAGCUUAGCACAAAGACUGGAAAUGGGGAAAAUAGCUAGUCUGGCUGUGUCUGAAUAAAAUCCACCUCUAAGCACCUCAAAAGCUCACUAUUUAACAUGUGUUGUCUGGUUUGUUUAUUCUGUACAAAAACUGAAAGGACAAGUUGUUAUUUUAAAGCAGGUAAAAUCAUCAUGAAAGUAGUAUUGAUUUUCUCAUCUAAUUUACAGCAAGAAAACAAAUUAGCAUAUUUUCCAAAAAUGUCAAAAUAUCUCUUUUAUGGUUAUGAGGGGUAUUCUACGCAACCUUUUUGAGCUUCAUACACAACAUUUUAGCAUGAAAACCAAACAAGACGCAGGUAUUGAAAUUCAUUAAUUUCAUUUCUCAUGAAGGGCUGGAUUAUAUGCUAGAAUGCAUUAGUCAGAAGGCAGGGAAUUAUGAACCAUGUACUGCUGGGUAAAGUGUAGAACAUAAGGAAACCACAAGGAAGAGCAGGCAACUCCACAAGGGAUUAAAAAUGUAAAAUCUAUAAAUGAUUUUGGAUUUUAGUCAGUGUUUUAUACUGAAGUUAUCAGAUUAUCUCAUUCAUGAUUAGCCAACAAACCUGUCAGAUGGCUUCACUGUGAUCCAUACAUAGUCAUGUGUAGACAAAUGUGUUUACCAGUGCAAUGUUUACAUAACAACAAUGACAAAAAAUACACAUUCAAAAUAGUUAUAAAUCUGACUGGAAGGUUCAUAACUAGAUUUUUUCUCUCCAUAGACGACUGUUAGCAUAAAUGCUUUUGCCAUAAAGAGCACUGAACCCUUUAUCAUGUGUAUUAAGUAGUUUAGGUUGUUAUGAUAUGUACUCUUUCACUCAAGAAUGAUCUGGGGGGGGGGGGUUGUCUUUUAUAUUUAAAUGACUGUGGAUUUUCAAGACUGUAAAGGCAGAAAGGAUUUGUACUGUACAUAAAAUAGAGACGAGAGGUUAGAAUGACUGUCCAUGUGGAUCUUGUGCUUUGCUGAAUAUGUCGCACACACUGAAGCAGGGACAUUUUUGAUGUGCAGAUGUUAAAUGGUAAGUUUGUUAAAAUACAAAUGGCAAUACAGUCCACUGUAAAAAUGUUCAUGCAACACAGCCAAUGUUCAAUGUUUGUUUCCCUUUAAACCAAUGUUUACAUUGUUCAAUCACAUUUGAUACAACUUUAUUUAACUGAAAAUGUUGUCAAAACCGAAAAAUGGUUGGGUGAUUGUUGAUAGUUAUUACUGAUCUAAAGAAUAUCAAUAUUCUAUGAUAUGUAGAUUUCUCUAUGUGCUAGUCCACCAUCUACUUAUAGAAUAGCGUUGCCUCUCUUCAUAUGAUUCUAGGAAACAAUUAGCAAUUUUGAAAGAUUAAUUACCGUAAAGAUGUUUUGUUGAUGCCUAGCAAAUGUGUUACUACUAUAUUGUUAGUCAGUAGAUAUAGGUUUAAAAAACAACAACACAAAUCUGUUUGUAUUCCAACACCACCACAACGUUGCCUUGAUGUUACAUAUGGACUGAAUACCGAAUCUGUGUAUCCAAAUGGAAGAAAAGGCUCCUCAAUAAACUGAAAUGCUCAC